AUGCAAACAAAUCUAUACAAAACAAGCUCCGGGCGAGACCGACAGCCAUUCUGGGUCCCCUUCCGUGCCUUUGACCAGUCUGGCUCCGAGCCCUGGAACAUUCUCCCUGCACCCUUCAAUCUCCUGCAGGCCCACGGGGCCCUUCCAGGCUCAGCUCCCGAGCUCCCUCAUACAGACCAAAACAAAACCCCGGCUGUGCCUAGUGACUCAUCUGGGCCGCGCUCUUUCUGCCGGCACGAGGACCGGAGCGGCCCGGUAGGAGGACCAGGUGUGCACAGAAGCCGCCAGUUCCUAGAACUACGAUUCCCAGAAAGCGUUGCGGGAACACCUUGGAGCUGUGUGCGCCAUUUUCGCUUCCUCCGCCACUCCCCGAGGCACCAGCCCUCCCCAGAGGAGGCCGCCCCAGCACGUGUCUGGGGCAGAAGGAGGCCUGGGCGUGGCCUGCGUGGCCCGCUGGGUCUCCUUUUCGGUAGACUCUGCCUCUGGCUGUACAGGCUUCGGCCAGUCCCAGAGCCCAACAGGGAGCAUGGCUCCCGGGCCCACAGCGGCCGCUGCCCUCCAGAAAUCAGUGACCUUCCAGGACGUGGCCUUGGACUUCUCCUUAGAGGAGUGGGGGCAGCUGGGCCCUUCUCAGAAGGAGCUAUACCAGGAGGUGAUGCUGGAGAACUACAGGAACCUGGUCUGCCUGGGCCUGGCCAUUUCCAAGCCAGAUGUGAUCUGUCAGUUGGAGAGAGGGGAAGCCCCUUGGAUGCCAGAGGGAGAUGUCCCCCAGAGCAGCUGUGCAGAAUUCAUACUGGAGAGAAACUCCAUAAAUGUGGUGGAUAUGGGAAGGCUUUGCCCAAAGGCCCACAACUGACUGCACAUCAUAGAAUUCUUUCUGCAGAGAAACCUUAUAAAUGUAAUGAAUGUGGGAAGGCCUUUAGCCAGCGCUCACACCUUGUUGGACACCAGAGAAUUCAUACUGGAGAGAAACCUUAUAAAUGUAAAGAAUGUGAGAAGACCUUCAGAUGGAUCACAGGACUUACUCAACAUCAGAGAAUCCAUACUGGAGAGAAACCUUAUGAAUGCAAUGAAUGUGGGAAGGCCUUCACACAGAGCUCGCAAUGUACUCAGCAUCAGAGAAUUCAUACUGAAGAGAAACAUUAUGAAUGUAAAGAAUGUGAGAAAGUCUUCACACAGAGGUCUCAUCUUAUUGUACAUCAAAGAAUUCAUACUGGAGAGAAAACUUAUGAAUGUAAUGAAUGUUGGAAGGUUUUCAAAUGGCACUCACACCUUACUCAGCAUCAGCGAAUUCAUACUGGAGAGAAACCUUACGAAUGUGAUAAAUGUGGGAAAGCCUUCAGUUUGAGGACAGGUCUUACUGUACACCAGAGAGUGCAUACUGGAGAAAAACCAUAUAAAUGUAAUGAAUGUGGGAAGGCUUUCAGACAGAGUUCACAUUUUAAUGUACAUCGGAUAAUUCAUACUAGAGAGAAGUCAUAUGAAUGUAAUGAAUGUGGAAAGACCUUCAAAUGGAGGUCAGAACUUACUCUACAUCAGAGAGUUCAUAUUGGUGAGAAACCUUAUGAAUGUGAUAAAUGUGGUGAUGCUUUCAGCCAGAGGUCGAAACUUACCCUUCAUCGGAGAAUUCAUGCUAGGGAAAAAUGUUAAAAAAAAAAAAAAGACCAGGCCCAGUUCUGUGUACUCAGUUGGUGGAUAAUUAAUGCUUAUUGAGUUGAAUUGACUAGGGAGCAGGUUUUGUGUGGAGCAUGAAACUCCCUGCCCACCCCCAGAUUUGUGAUGCAGAGAAACCCUUAUGGAAUCCGGAUUCCAGCCCAUUCUUAUUCACUGUGUUCCUAGAGUGCUUGACAUUGCUGCCAAGUUCUGUGAGUAGACCAGGUAUCGCCAUCCUGAAGAGUCUGCAGGAGAAAUUUUCUUUCCGAUUUGAAUUUCUGCUGAAUGCAUGUGGAACAAUGGAAAGGAAGUCCUGGUCAACUUGCAGCGCUCACUGUGAGAAGGAUCCAGUCCUGGCUUGGUCUCUGUGCCCCGAUGAUUGCCUCUCCAUCAAUCUUCACAUUUUGUACCUCAUUCUCCUGGCAUCAUACUGUCCCUCAUUUGUCUUUCAACUCCACGCCAGCCUCCAUGUAUUAUUUGACUUCUCAGUUUUCACGUAAAUAGGUAGUCUUGCCCUACUUGGAAAAAGAGUUUGUCUGUGACACAAGGCUGUUGUUUUGGCCCUUCCCCCUUGGCUACUAGUAAUCAUAGUCUUCAUUCCUCUGGGGGUGGGUCAUAAGCAUUGCUCUUUGGUGCCCUGCUCUGUUAUCUUUCCACUACCACUACAUCCCUCCAGAUCCUCUCCUUGGGUGAAAGAAGUUGACAACUUGUUUUCCUCCUCUUCCACCAGCCUCCUGCCUGGGAUUCAGGCUGCGUGGCCGUAUGCCUUCUGUGUCUGUGUGCCCUCUUCCUUAACACCAAAGAAUGGAGUGUUUUCCCUUGGAGGAUCACAGAAACCCUAGCUAGCCACAUGUGUAGUCACAUUGAUGGAGGCCCCAAGCCAUUGCUUGAGUUGGAGCUUUAUGGGUCUGCAGGUGAUUCUCAGGGGAGCUGCCCCUUCCCUCCAGGUCUGAUAAAAAUGCUUCAUUCACAUCAUAACAGGUUUUGACACACAUCUGUUAGUGUGAAAUCUGUUCCGUUAUAGAUAGACACAUCCAAGAAAUGUGACUGCGCAGUCCUUGGAAAAAGCCACACAGAUGAUUAGCGAGCACCUGAAAAUGUAUUCAAAUUCCCAGAUGAUCAGAGACAUACAAAGUAAAACAGCUCAGAGGUACAUCUUCUGUUAAUAACAGACAUUUAGAGUUUUCCAGAGUAGUGAGGUGCAAAGCACUUAGACUGAGUUGCAAGGGAUGUCAGAGGUCAUUUAGCCCAAGCUGAACACCUGACAGGUGGUCAUCCAGCCUUGGCUUGAAGACCAUCAUACCAUCAUUCUUAAGUUUCACCCCAUGCCCAUCAAACUGGGUAGCAGCAAAGGACUGGAAAGAAUGUUGCAGUAGAUAACAGCGCCUGGCACAGUAUGUUAAAUGCUAGUUACUGACUGACUGACAUCUAUGAGGGAAAGAAUGAAAAAAUUGUGGUUCAUGAACGGCACCAUUUCUGACGCAAUGGGAUUUUUAAAAACCCAUGAAACUCUUGCUUCAGGGUCUUUUAGGGUAUCAGAUAAGUGGCCAUUAGCUUAAUACCCUCAAAUGGCUGGCAUUUGCCCAGCUGCUGAUGACCCUACUCCUGAGGCCACAAGGAAUUGUGGAGGGACCCUGCUUGGGGGCUGGGUGAGGACCCAAACCUCUUAGUGGUCCCAGCUCCCCCUUGUGUGUUUACUAGGCCUGUGGUUUGGCCUGGUUGAUGUUUCCUCUCUGGUCCCAGAAUUGGCCCCUCAGGGAGGCCCCCUGGGAUUUUCCAGAGGCAGAGUUCCAUGAACAUCUACAGGGAAAAAGAAACUAGGUAAAGCACCUCAAGCUGUGGGACCUGCAGAAACGAAGUUCUCACCCCACAUAACCAGUCAGUUGGCAAGUCUUGCCAUUUCUCCCUCCACAGCUGUAAUUCCUGCCCCCUUCCAGAACCACCUCUCACCCAGAUGAUGGCAGUGGCCUCCAGGUUCUACCUUCUCCAGUCCAUCCACCAUAGAGCUGAGAAGCAUCUAGAGAUCUAAUGUAUCCCCAACUCACCUCAUUGUGCAAACUCAAUUUAACAUUCAAAGUCUUCAGAACUUGGCCCCAGGCUCCUUCCACCUUCACUGUACAUGACUCCUUUUCUUCAUUCUAUGGUCCUGCCAAACUAGUCCCUCUUCCUUCCAAGAACCUUCACCUCCUUGCCUUUGCAUGGACUGUCCCCCCCCAUGACUUUGAAUGCACUCCUUCCUCACCUCAGUCUGAAUCCCUGUCUUCCUGCAAGACCGUUCAAGUAUCACUUUCUAUAUGAAGUCCCCCCAAGCUACUGCUCCCCAUCUUUAACUAGUUUGAAUAUAGUUUGUUUUUCUGUAUAUUACAUGUUUGUUUGUAAAUUGCAUCUACAUUUUCUGUAUUUUUUUACUUAUAUGUUUAUGUUGUACAUGUUUCUAUGUUUUUGCAUAAUACAGAUGUACUUGUGUGCAUG